CUGGAGAAAGUAGACGCCUCUCCGGCAGGGCACAGUGUAAACUGGCAAGCUCUGGCCUCUGGGAAUGCCAGACCAGGCUGUGGAGGCUCGGCCUCUAAUUCUUGGCACUAGAAGCCUGGGGUAGGGAUGGGGCCAGGGCAGUUCUGUAGUUUCUGAGUCCUGAAGGGGCUGAGGAGCUUCUUAGGGACCCUCUGUUCACUUGUCUUCCCAUCCCUGGAGGUUGGAACUUGCUGGUGGUUGCCAUGGUAGCAACUCUUGGAUGAUCAUGUCCUGUAUCCCCCUUCCCCAUCACCCCUGUCCUUGACUUUUCUUUUAGGGUCUUGGCUCAUUGUGACUAGUCUUCCUCUGAGAGGCUCCUAUUAGAGGGUCUCUGGAUGAGGGCCCCCCAAGUUUCCUCCUGGGCCUUGUCUCCAAUUCCACCCUCUGCCCGGCUUCACUGACACCUAUUCUAAACCUGCCUCAGCCGAUGCCCACAUGAGGCUCUCGGGCCACCUGACACCUGGUUGCCCUCAGGCCGAGCGAGGCCAGAUACCUUCCUGGAUAGUGGGUGGGAGAAUGCUCGGCUCCUAGUUCCUUGUGGCUUUGCCUGCCUUUGGUGUGGGAGGCAUGGGGUCCAGCAGGCUCGGCCCCCUUCCCAGCUCCCUGCUUCUCUGACUGCGUGUUUCUGCUUCCCUUCACAGUGAGAGCGCACCAUGGAGCUCCGUGUGGGCAACAAGUACCGCCUGGGCCGGAAGAUCGGGAGUGGGUCCUUCGGCGAUAUCUACCUGGGCGCCAACAUCGCUUCUGGUGAAGAGGUUGCCAUCAAGCUCGAAUGUGUGAAAACGAAGCACCCCCAGCUGCACAUCGAGAGCAAGUUCUACAAGAUGAUGCAGGGAGGAGUGGGAAUCCCGUCCAUCAAGUGGUGCGGGGCCGAGGGCGACUACAACGUGAUGGUCAUGGAGCUGCUGGGGCCCAGCCUCGAGGACCUCUUCAACUUCUGCUCCCGCAAGUUCAGCCUCAAGACGGUGCUGCUCCUGGCCGACCAGAUGAUCAGCCGCAUUGAGUACAUCCACUCCAAGAACUUCAUCCACCGGGACGUCAAGCCUGACAACUUCCUCAUGGGGCUGGGAAAGAAAGGCAACCUGGUCUACAUCAUUGACUUUGGCUUGGCCAAGAAGUACCGGGACGCCCGCACCCACCAGCACAUCCCCUACCGGGAAAACAAGAACUUGACUGGCACUGCCCGCUAUGCCUCCAUCAACACCCACCUGGGCAUCGAACAAAGCCGUCGUGAUGACCUGGAGAGUCUGGGCUACGUGCUCAUGUACUUCAAUCUGGGCUCCCUGCCCUGGCAGGGCCUCAAAGCAGCCACCAAACGCCAGAAGUAUGAGCGAAUCAGUGAGAAGAAGAUGUCGACACCCAUUGAGGUCCUCUGCAAAGGCUACCCCUCUGAGUUCUCAACAUACCUCAACUUCUGCCGCUCCCUGCGGUUUGACGACAAGCCCGACUACUCCUACCUGCGCCAGCUCUUCCGCAACCUCUUCCACCGGCAGGGCUUCUCCUACGACUACGUCUUCGACUGGAACAUGCUCAAAUUCGGGGCUUCCUCGAGCCAGGCUCAGCCCCAGGACAGCGAAGCUAUUGCACUGCCCUGCUCCCACCCCUGUCCCUGCACUGGGCCCACGUACUCACCCACAUACUGGUGCCCGGCGCCCCUGGGCACCCAGGGCCCUCCAGAUAGGCUGGUGGAGGAGGUGGAGGAGCUGCCCCCCAAAAACUACUGGCCUAUGGUCUGGACUCCAGGGCCUCAGUUCUGACAACACCAGGUGUGCCUGAGCCCAUCGGGGCCAGGCCUGAAGAGGUGUCCCUUGGUGUGUGGGAGGGGGUCAGUGGAGAGGGCAUGGCAGAGAAGGCCCUGCCAGGAGAUUCUUGGGGACGAAUCAUUUGCCUCAUGGACAGAGCCUGAAGGAGGAGGCAUGAUGUUCACUGCCCUGGAGAGGCCUGGGAUUGGGUACCAGGAGCAGCCUCAGGCGGACCCCGUCAGCAGCCUCUGUCUUGAACUUGAUCUCAUUAAAUGUCCCUCACCUGUACCGUG